GCUAACAUUAGUUUUUUAUCUAUCUUUAUGACGGUGGCAAAUGAUGGAUUUCUUAAAAACGAGCAAUUCUCUGAAGUUGUCAGACUGAACAUACCUCGCCACAGAUUGCAUUGCUGAACGCGUAUUCACUUCACUACAUAAAAAUCAUAAUUGGAAGAAAAUUUGCGGAAAAGUGAACUAAACGCACAAUCACACAACAAAGAAGAAAAUUGUAGAUUCCAAUUAGUUUUUGAUAAAAAACUAUAACCAAUCCGCACAGAAAAAAGCAUUUAGUUAAUUAAUUGUUACUUUUCCGUCUCGUAUAUCUAUUUCGUGUGGGAUAAUCUCAGUUCCCCGCCAGUAGAAACAUGCAAGCAAUUAAGUGCGUCGUGGUAGGCGAUGGUGCGGUCGGUAAGACUUGCUUACUUAUCAGCUACACAACGAAUGCCUUUCCUGGUGAAUACAUCCCCACUGUGUUCGACAAUUACUCAGCAAAUGUAAUGGUUGAUGCGAAACCCAUCAACCUUGGACUUUGGGAUACUGCUGGACAGGAAGAUUAUGAUCGUCUACGUCCGUUGUCGUAUCCACAAACUGAUGUUUUUCUUAUCUGCUUUUCUUUGGUAAAUCCAGCGUCAUUUGAGAACGUACGCGCUAAGUGGUAUCCGGAAGUGCGUCAUCAUUGCCCCAACACGCCCAUUAUAUUAGUGGGUACAAAAUUGGACUUGCGCGACGAUAAAAACACUAUUGAAAAACUGCGUGACAAAAAAUUAGCACCUAUAACUUAUCCUCAAGGAUUAUCUAUGGCCAAAGAAAUUGGUGCUGUCAAAUAUUUGGAAUGUUCAGCACUCACGCAAAAAGGUUUAAAAACAGUAUUUGAUGAAGCCAUUCGCUCCGUCCUUUGUCCAGUGCUGCAGCCCAAAUCUAAACGUAAAUGUACGUUACUCUAAUUUGCCGCUACAUCAAGCCGUGCGUCGCAUACUAGACGUCGGAAUCCCAGCGACAGCCAAAAUUAUUGAAGUAAAAAGGGAAUACGCCCAUCGCAUGUAAACAAAUUAAUCGAAAACAAAGAGAAAAAUCAAAAUAACCAAAAAAAAAAAAAAAUAUAAUAAAUUUAAAACAUUUGGAGAGAACGAUGUAAACACCGCUUCGGAAGUGUUGUGAUGAAUGGGUGAUCCGACAUCAUCUAUAGUAUGCUACUUCUCCAACAAAAUACUACAGACAGUCAAGUGUUUGAUGUUAAAUGUUGUCAUUAUCGUCUAUAAAAUUUCUUUACUAAACUUAAAUAGGAAUAACUACUGCUUGUGCUUGUUCAAAUGACAGAUCGAACAUACAUUUGUUUCCACCUUAUGCCAUAUAUCUUUCUUGGCAUCGAUGCACAAUCAGAGCGAAUGACUAAUUGCAUUAUUUUUUUAUUUGGACUAUAAUUUCGCGAGCUAAAUAACCAAUUGCGAUAGUGACUAUCCUCUUAUAAAUAGUUAAAUAGCAGUUACAGUAUAUUAAGAUUGAAAGAGGAUACCUAGUUUAAAUUACCAAUUGUUCUGGAAUAUUUGUGAAAACUAUAUAUCUCAAAAUUUUUUGUGCUUAUUUAGUAUUAUGUGCACUUUUUGUUGCUUUAUUGAAAAUUUAAAUUCUGUUUUCAUGCGCAUUCAUUUGAAAGUGUUGAUGUCUAUUUAAAAAUAAAAAUGCAAAGGAUAUGAACCAAUCACACUGGAAUACAUAGAAUAGAUAUCGGUUAUAAACGAUGAAAAUGAUUAAACUUUUAUAAUAUAAAAGUGCUUUUUUAUUAAAAUCAUAUAAAGUAAAGUGUGUAAAUCAAAAAAAUAUUGGAUUGAACGAAGUUAGGAAGAAAAUAAAAACAAAAACGGAAAAUGAAUCAUAAAUUGAAUAACUAAAAACAUAUGUGUGUAAUUGAAUUGAAAAUGGUUUAGAACAGUUCAUAGAGUAAAAUAGGCAUUAAUGUUUAACUACUAAUAGUUGCCGUAAACCAAAUGUUAGCCAUCAAACCAAAAAUUAACUACGAUUUAAAACGAUAAAAGUUUAUAGAACUCACAUACGGAUAUACAAAACUAAUAAGAUGUUUGCAAAUUGUAUGUAUAAUCUAUUGUAGUUGUAUUUAAUACCAAAAAUAUAUGCAGAUGCUCAUAUGGAACCAGAAAUUCACAAGUGGUUGCAUUUCCCUGCUUGUGUACAAUUUGUAAUGCGUUUAAAUAAUUAUGUAUUUCUAUGCGUAAAUUUAAGUACGAAUCAUCGAUACAUAUUCAAAAAUAAAAAUACAUGCAGACAAGUAAAUCUUAUGAUUACUACAACAGAAAUAAUUGAAGUUAGUUUCAUUACAUAUUGAUGGAAUUAAUAAUACUAAUUGAAUGUGUGUCUCUGAUAAAGAAUAAAUUAAUUAAAAAUUCAUAAAAUA